AUGAGAUCUCCUAGAUUCUGUGAGAGUGGCUCUUAUUGCAAUAGCCGCUAUUAUGCUUCUAUUGACAUUUCUUGGAUUCUGCAAGUCCCUGUGGUUUCUUUAGUAAGAAUUCGCGAAACUUCUUGUUUACAUGAUGGAUGCUUGUCACUGGAACAUUCCUUGUUCUCCAUAAAUGAUAUACUGCCUUGCGUGGACAAUGCUACAGCCCAAGAAACAUUGUUGAAAAGCAGGGAAGUUACCUCUCAGCUUGUUGAAGUUAUUAACCAGGUCAUAACCAACGUGUCAAACAUUAAUUUUUCACCUAACUUUCCGACCAUGUACUUCAAUCAAUCCGUUCCAUUGGUGCCGGUACUCUGCAAUUCUUUAUUUCCUGACCUUACAGAUCGAAUUUGCACUGCCGGUGAAGUGAAUGCAGAUAAUGCAACAUAUGUUUCUGCAACUGGAAUAUGCACCACAACAGGACGAUUAACUCCAGCCUUCUAUGACCAGAUGACAGCUGUGCUUCAAGACUGCACAUUUGUGAGGGAAACUUUUACAGGCAUUUAUGUAGAACACCGCCCUGGUCUACGGCGAUAUAGUAGAUGGAUCUAUACAGGGCUGGCAAUGGUCUCAACUGCACUUAUGCUCCCUUUAAUCUUCUGGGUAAUAUAUGGGCGAGAGAGACGCCGUCGCCUUUAUACAAAACAGUUAAGUGAGGCUCCUGAAGCAGACAGAGACUCUUGA